AUGGUGGAUGAGGUGUCCAACGAUCGAUUGCAUGAGAACCGGUGGUGGUGGAAGGAGAAGUUAUGCGUUGGUUUGAAGGAGAACCAAGGUUCGACAUACGAACUACGAAGAAGGAAGCAUGGAAAAGGUCCUCAAGAUCUCCACUAUCGUCUUCACGAUCCGUCAUUAAUGGCAACCAAAGGGAAUCCAGGAGACAAUAGAACACGAAAAUCCUUUUCAAUAUUCAUAGUCGUGGGUCUCUGUUGCUUCUUCUAUCUACUUGGAGCAUGGCAAAAGAGCGGAUUUGGUAAAGGAGACAGCAUAGCACAAGAAGUAACAAAAACAGCAGAUUGCAGUGUCCUUUCAAAUCUAAACAUAGAAACACAUCAUGGAGAUGGAAUCAAAAACCUCCAUGAUCUACAACAAACCAAGGUUUUCCAACCAUGUGCUGAUAGAUUCAUUGACUACACACCUUGCCAUGAUCAAAUGCGUGCCAUGACUUUCCCUAGAGACUUCAUGAACUACAGGGAAAGACAUUGUCCCCCUGAAAAUGAAAAGCUUCAUUGUCUGAUUCCAGCUCCUAAAGGGUAUGUGACUCCAUUCCCAUGGCCUAAAAGCAGGGAUUUUGUCCCUUUUGCUAAUGCACCUUACAAGAGCUUGACAGUUGAAAAGGCGAUUCAGAAUUGGAUUCAAUAUGAAGGCGAUGUGUUUAGAUUCCCAGGUGGAGGGACUCAGUUUCCUCAUGGAGCAGAUGCUUAUAUUGAUCAAUUGGCAUCUGUGAUUCCAAUUGGAAAUGGAAUGGUUAGAACUGCAUUGGAUACUGGUUGUGGUGUUGCAAGUUGGGGUGCAUACUUAUUCAAAAGAAAUGUUAUAGCCAUGUCUUUUGCUCCAAGAGAUUCACAUGAAGCACAAGUCCAAUUUGCCCUUGAAAGAGGUGUCCCUGCAAUUAUUGGUGUUCUUGGAACUAUAAAGCUUCCAUACCCUUCAAGGUCUUUUGACAUGGCUCAUUGUUCUAGGUGCUUGAUUCCAUGGGGUGGAAAUGAUGGGAAGUAUAUGAUGGAAGUUGACCGGGUUUUGAGACCCGGUGGGUAUUGGGUUCUUUCUGGGCCUCCAAUUAAUUGGAAAGUUAAUUUCAAGUCAUGGCAAAGACCAAAAGAAGAAUUGGAAAAAGAACAAAGGAAUAUUGAGGAAAUGGCUAAACUUCUUUGUUGGGAGAAGAAAUAUGAGAAAGGUGAAACUGCAAUUUGGAGGAAAAGAGUAAAUCAAGGAUAUUGUCAAGAACGAGACUCUCGUGUUACUUUGUGUCAAUCCACAAAUCCCGAUGAUGUUUGGUACAAGGAAAUGGAAGCUUGUGUGACUCCUUACAUGGAAACAAACAACACAGAUGAAAUUUCUGGUGGAGAAUUAAAACCGUUUCCAGAACGACUUAAUGACAUUCCUCCAAGAAUCAGUAGUGGCUCCAUUGAUGGAGUCUCCAUUCAGUCAUUCCAACAAGACAAGAAAUUGUGGCAAAAACAUCUUAAUGCUUACAAGAGAGUAAAUAAGAUUAUUGACUCAGGGCGAUAUCGUAAUAUCAUGGAUAUGAAUGCAGGGUUUGGAAGCUUUGCAGCUGCUCUUGAGUCUCCAAAGUCUUGGGUGAUGAAUGUGAUGCCAACUAUUGCUAAAAGGGAUACUCUUGGUGUGGUUUUUGAACGUGGAUUGAUUGGAAUCUAUCAUGACUGGUGUGAAGCCUUCUCAACAUACCCAAGAACAUACGACCUUAUCCAUGCAAAUGGUCUUUUCACCUUGUACAAAGACAAGUGUAGUUAUGAAGACAUUCUUUUGGAAAUGGAUAGAAUUUUAAGGCCAGAAGGAACUGUUAUAAUACGUGACAAUGAAAGAGAAGUGAUGAAGGUGAAAAGAAUUGUUUCUGGAAUGAGAUGGGAUGCAAAAAUGGUGGAUCAUGAAGAUGGGCCUCUUGUUCCUGAAAAGAUAUUGUUUGUAGUCAAACAAUAUUGGGUUGCUGGUCAAAAUUUGACUUCUUGGAGAUGAUGAUGAUGAUGAUGAUGAUAGUGAUGGUGAUGAUGAUGAAAGAUUGAUUAAGUUGGGUUGUUUUGAUCUUUGAUUAGAUGUAACAAGAUGUUGAAUUUUAGUUUGAGAUUUAGAGGUGAGCUUUUAGUGUAAAAUUAAGAGUGGCCUUGUGUAUUUUAAUUUUUUGUUCAAUUUGUAGUUUUGAUUUAACAUUUUAUUAAUGUUGGCCAUGAAAGUGUUAAUGGUUUUGUUUGGUUUGAUUUUUUAUUUAAA